AUGUCUUCCUCAGCCCUCCUCAGCAUUGUCCUUGUCACCGGUGCCGCUGGCUUUCUCGGCUCCCAUAUCGUGCAGAAGCUCCUAGCCGAACCAGGGUGCAGAGUCUACCCGGCUAGUCGAACUCCAAACCGCCACCCCGACCGAGACGAUGGGAUAACGUACGAGGCUAUCGAUACUGUCGAGGCACCAGGAACCUCCUUAGGCAGGCCGUGUCUUGCGUCGGGACGCGUGGCCACUGCAUAG